CCGCAAGGCCCGUAUUAUGGGCUUAAGAACAAAACUGAGCGACAUCCAUAAAACAGCAAAGUGAUGCGCGCGUGCGACGUGCGGCCAGGAGGAACGGUAAUAGAAGCAGCAACGAGCCGAAAAUAAAAUUCCGAACGCAAGUCGUAAUUGAUGUCUCAGAACGUUAUCUGAGAAUGCUAGAAGAUGCCGCGAUAAUCAGAGAUAACGUACGCUCGAUGUUGCUUGAUCGUUUCGCGCGAUGACGACUCUUCACGCUCGACAUUCGAUGUCCUCGUGAGGGGUUGCUCUUUGCUGGAGAGAAAAUCCGUGUGUUGUGCUGCGAUGCCGCAGGAAUUCGGGAAUAACACGUUGUUGAUGAGAGUCACGUCCCCAUGCACGUCCUCGAUACGGUGAACAGGAGAAUGGGCAAGCAAAGCAGCUCGUGUUUGUGGUGCGUGAAGACCGUCAAGUGGGUGCCAGUGAUCUUUGUUCUGACGAUCGUCGCGUGGUCCUAUUACGCUUACGUAGUGGAAUUAUGCUACUAUACGAUUGAUAGCUAUAUUCAAAAAGCUUUCUACCUGCUUUUCUUCCACAUCUUCAUCCUGAUGUUUUUAUGGUCAUAUUGGCAAACAGUGUACACAAAUUUGAUGCCAGUACCAGAUAAGUUUAAAAUACCUGAUGUAGAAAUAGAGAAACUACAGCAGGCUGAAACCGAAGAGGUGCAGAGACAAAUUUUGGAAAGAUUUGCACAAGAUCUUCCAGUAACUAAUCGAACUCUGAAAGGAGCUUUGCGAUUUUGUGAGAAAUGUUUGUUAAUCAAACCUGACAGGGCACAUCAUUGCAGUGUGUGCGGCACUUGUGUCCUAAAAAUGGAUCACCACUGUCCGUGGGUGAACAAUUGUGUAGGCUUCCAUAAUUACAAGUUUUUUAUUUUAUUUCUGGCAUAUUCGCUUCUAUAUUGUUUCUUCAUCACGGCUACCUCUUUGCAAUACUUCAUACAGUUUUGGAGAGGUGAAUUAGACGGAGCGGGUAGAUUUCACUUACUGUUCCUCUUUUUCGUUGCGUUAAUGUUCGCAGUCAGUCUUACUUCUCUUUUCUUCUACCAUUGCUAUCUCGUUCUUCAUAAUAGAUCGACAUUAGAGGGCUUUAGAACACCUAUGUUUCGGACGGGAAAAGAUAAGGAUGGAUAUAAUUUGGGAAAAUAUAAUAAUUUUCAGGAAGUCUUUGGUGACAAUCCGUGGCUCUGGUUCCUUCCCUUGUUUAGUAGUCUGGGAAAUGGUGUCGUCUAUCCAGUAAGAUCGCAACACCAGGGCACAUCCAAUACUUAUGACUCCAUGGGCAGUACUCAAAACAGGUCCAUCAUUGAACAAAUGACUUUGUUAGAAGAAGCUACUAUUUUGGCUCUUGGCACUGGCACUGCUGUGAUAGGUCCCUCUGUUGAUGUGAAUCAACCGUUGGUGAAUACCACAGAACCUGUCUAGCUAGCAUCAUUGAGACAUCAGUUAUGUACAAUCGCAAUUUUACUUCACGAUAUUACUUCGCGACUGUAAGUUAGAUAUACAUAUAUUACUUAUAUAUAUAUGUAUGUAUUAGUUUACGUUUCAUGCUUUUUUUUAUAUUUCAAAAACGGAAGUUUCAUUUCCGGCACCGUAAAAGCGUUGAGAGAUUUCACCGUAUCAUUGUUGCGAUAAAAAAAUUGACACUCUGAAUUGUUAUUGCGAUAAAUGCAACAUGUUUUAACCUCACGCGUUGUCUCGCACUAAGAUAAUUUAACUAUUAACUGUAUUAUAUAUAUAUAUUAUAUAUACACGGAUCGUUGUUAAAGAUAUUUGUUUUUAAUUACUCGCAUAAUAUUACCAUAGAGAGAGUAUCUCACAUGAUAUAAUUAAAACAAAACAAAAAAAUUACCUUAUACAUAAUAUUGAUAUUGUUGUCGGAUGCGUAACAUGUAUAAGUAUUGAACACAGAACAAGAGAAAUUAUGACAAAAAUGAAAAUUCGUCCAUAUCUUACUGUGAAACUACGUAUGAUGAUUCUAAGUUCGCUAACUUCUUCAUGAAUAUUUUUACAUACAACUUAUGUAAAAGUUGAAAAAACAAACUGUAAAAUAUAUUUAUAUAAAAUAAUAUUAUUUCUUUUAAGAGAGAGCGCAAUGUAUAAAGCUAUCUUGAACGGCGAGGGAAUCGAUUCUAUUAAAAUUUUGAAAUAGCCAACUUAAUACAAAUUAUUUAGUUUCUAAAAUUUGUUUUAAGUGCCAUUUCUCAGUUCAAUCUUGGUUACACAGUGCGAUGUGUGCAUAUGUGUAUAUUAUUUGUAUAUACACAUAUAUACAAACACACCUGGAGACGCCUGUGUACUUAUGAUUGUCGACACGCUUUAUCUUAUUUAAAUAUAUAAGUUGUCAGAGAGAACAGAAGAUGUAUU